AGGUGCUAGGCAUGGCCCACCAGGGGUCUUUAUCACGAGUACCGUAGUACAAAAAAUGCAGCACCAUCUACACGUAAUUAAGCCAAGGCCUAAUCUUUAUUUCUGUCACAGCCCAUACCACAAGUCAGUCUGACAAGGUAGGCUAUAAGAUGGGUGCCGGAUACUUCCUGAAAAGUACGGCGGUGCCAGAUAUGCAAGUCUUUCCAAAUUUGCUUGUUGAAUAUGUUACUGUCAUGCCAUGUAGUGAUGAAUGAGGAUGUAGAAUCCAGUGACAUCCCAGCAAGCCAGCUGGCUGCCAUACAGAGCAAGGGACAGUUCCAACGGUCCAUCUCCUUGGCCCUAUCGGCUGAGACUGGUGGUGACUUCCUGCCCUCUUGCUCUGUGGAGCAAGAUGACAGGGGUCACUCGUUGGGCAUCUCGGCAGACAAUGUGGCACGUUCUGCAGAGGGCUUGGACAUCGCGUCAACAAUCAAGGAAGAAGAUCAUGAUUUGGAAGACAGAGUUGAGAGGAGAGUCCUGGAGGAGGAUGGGGAAGACGAGGCUGUCAGUGACGAUGCAACAACUGAAGAGAGUGUCAGCAGUGAUGACGACAGUGAUGCAGUGCAAAUGGCACCUCUCCCCCAGUCAACUGUUUCAAACCAUAGAAGGAGGACGCAGUUACAGCGGCAAAGAUUACGACAGCAGAAGAGGGACUUUUUUGCACCCUUCAUUGAAGAUGAUGACUUGCAUCUGUCCUGUGAAGGCACAGUGGAAAUUGAAAACAGGCAACAGUGGGUCCCUACUUUGAUGGAGCUGUGCAUGGAAAAGGGUUUCUCCACGACCACUCCGUUGCCCCCAGGACUGAAGCCGGCCCUAUCCCAGCAUCGUGGCAAGGCCAGGCUCGCUGCUUUACAGUUGCGCUGGCUUGGCAGAAACCUGGCAAUCCUUGAGAAGCAGAUCAAGUGGAACCUUGUUGAGGCAUUGGGACCUCACGGUGUGAAGUCCACUCAUUUGAGGCGUGACGCCAAAUCUCUUUGGAGAAGGAAGCAUUGGCAUUACGAGUGGAGCCCACACCCUGAGAGGAAGCUGUGGAUUCUGCCUGCCAGCUGCCAGGUGUAUGACACAACAGACUGGAAGAUAGCAGCCCUGGCUCACUACAUCAGCUUGGCACUGCCACACUGGAGCGUCGACAGCAAAAGGGAUGGGGCCUCCCAGUCAGAACAUAAGGGCUGCUGGGAUACAGAUAUACAUGUACAACAGGUCAAGCGAUGUCUGAGAAAGAGAUAUCCCAAGCUGGUGAAGUAUUGUUUUGAUCACGCCAUGGCCUAUGUAUGGUGGACCAGGGGCAGAUGCACGAAAGCCCAGGAAUCCUUUAUAAAGAUUGCCAAACGAUAUCCACCCGACCUGAUUUCUGAGACAGAGCAGAGCACUUUAUGGGCUCGUCACCGAGCCAUGGUGCUGGUUGAGAUUGGCCGCCUGAUGGUGAGCUUUGACCAACCGGACUCGGCUGGGAAGUUCUUUCGGGAGGCUGCCGAGGUGGCCUCUAGGAAGGUUCACCCCGGGAUUGCAGACAAGCUCACCCUGCAGUCCCUGGCUCUGACAGCUUCGGCUUAUGACCAAGGCAUGAUGGCCGGCCAUUCAGCAAUCCAGGCUGCCAGACUUUGGUCAGUCACUGCUCAGCAAGUUCAGGCCGUGGAGCAGACGCCUGAGAGGACUUUGCUCUAUUAUGAGUGGGCAGAUCGGGGGGAGCCUGUACCGGAGUACGGCUGCCGUGAGGCAGUGCUAGCCGCCGUGGAAUCAUUGCUGCACUGCCACGCCGGCCAUGUCGUAGAUCCAGCCAGCCAGGAUUGUCAAGAUUCAUUGCACAGGAAUCGAGUCUGGCUAACUGGGGCCAAAGCUAAUCUGGAGAAGCUUCAAGGCCCGGAGAGUGCCUUUGUUGGAUUGUAUCUGUCCUUUGUCCAUGCCAUGCUUAAUGAGGCAAGGGAUGCUGAGAUUGCGUACCACCAUUCUUUGACUAGCAAUAUCUGGAGAGGAGAGCCAGGUGACGUCUGGAGGGGGGAGGUGGGGAAUGUUGCCACUGUGCUGAGGGAAACUGAAGUCAGACCCCACCCAUGGUGGCUCUUCGGGGAAUGGAUCGCAGCUCGGAAGGCGGCCCUGGGGAAGUCGUUCUCAGAGCCCCUGCGAGUUCUACCAUUGGUGUGGCGAAGAGGGCUGCAGCAGCCUGCAUAUAGAUUUGAUGGGAGGACUUUGCGCAAGCAAAUUGCUGACAUUGAGGGAUUGACCCUUGACCUUCAUGUGACCCCUAAAGGUCAUCUGACCGGUGCCAUGAUGCAGAAUCUCCCACCAAUGACAAAGGUCUGCAUGGAUGCGUACACUGGGCAAGUUCAUCUGGGAGGCGCAUGCUGCAAUGAUGAGCUCCAUCGAUGGGACAACUACGAUAACAGCUUUACUUGCAAGGUUAGCUUCGACUGUAAUAGUAAUGUCCCACAAUCAAACAUCAUUUACUCUGACCCCAAGACAUCAACAGUCACAACCCUGGUAAUUAACAGCAUGAGUAGAUACUACGAAUUGGAGGCUGACAGUCAUGCCCAAAUGGUCGCGGGCAAGAAAUGUCCGGAGAACUUGAGGUGGAUCCAGAGGGAGUCACAAGUUGCCAUCUCCAUCGUCUACCAGCGCGCUGGAUUGGCCAGGGUCAAAGUCAACAUUGUAGAUCUUGUCUUGAAGGAACGAAAGAAGAGCAUACUCGAUGCAAUCAACUCAAGUUAUGAUGCCAGACUCAUGAAGGAAGCUGACAACUUCCUUGAUUUCUGCGUUAGGAGGCAGUAUGAUUUCCAUGAGAAGAAUGUAACAAGGUUUCUGAAACUCAGACGGACUGAUGGAAACAUGGGGCAGCCAGAGUCACAACAUCGCUUGGCCACCAAGAGGGAAAUGGCCAAGUUUGUUGAAGGGGAGAUGGAGCGGCACAACAUCCUAAUGAUGCGGAUGAUCUUGAAAAAGGUUCUGUACGUGGGCAAGGCGACAGUUGUACUUUUGCUGACAAUGUGGAGUCACGAUGUAUUUGUGUUUAUUGACUGCACUUCGGCAGAGAGUUUCAGCCAGCCUGUCCUCAGAAGGACUAAUGAAAUGGGUAUGAUUUGGUAUGGAAGCCUGCACAAUCGCUGGAACCUGCCGAGUGACUGCUCCUGCUGGAGUGCUCCAAACCCUACAGCCAGUCUGCUUUUUGCCUUUGACAAUGAUCUUGAGGAACGACCAGGACCUUAUCUUAGUCACUUUAUGAUGAAGAUGUUUGAUGAAAAGGGCAACGCUCUCAGCUUUGAGACUUUUGCUAACAGAGGAGAGCAAGAUGCCAGCAAGGCAAGAUAUUUUUUGUCUUGUGAAGGGCAUAAAAUCAUCGGCACCAACAAGGAAAAGACAAAGGUCACAGUUUGCGACCUGGAGAAACAGACAGAGCUUUGGUCCAGCGAAUUGACCAGCAUACUGAAGCUGGACAUGGCCAAGGGCACCGUCUACGUCUCAACGCGAGAGGGCCUGUUUGCCCUGGACAUCAACACACUGAAGCCACUUGUGAUCAUUCAUCUCAGGUCCAGCAGAUUUAUGGCACCACCCAAUGACAACGGACUUCUGUUGAAUCUCCCCGCUGGGAGUGCUGACUACCUCAAGGUGUUGAGCACGAAUGAAGUGAUGACAAGGAUUGACGGGACUGAACAGGGUAAUCGAACCUUCCUUGGCAUGGACAAUCAUGUACUUCUACUCAGAAGACACAAAAUGGAUGAGGGUGACCUUCUCAAAGGGGAGCAGAAGCCAGAUGUCUUGGAAAUGAAGGAUGUGAUGGUACCAGGGAGGCCUAAGGAGCUAUGCUAUCUCAGCAAACAAGCGGGCUUUGUAGUCUCGGCUACAAUCUCCAGCCGUCACGAGUCGAGUCCGUAUUACCGAGAGAGCCUCUACUGGUUUGACAUGGACGGCGACAUCAUUGCCAUCCAUCCGUUCAUAGGUGGGGGCCAUCACAGUUUCCUACCGGUCUACCUGAGAGACCCAGGAGGAGACGGGGAGGGGAAGGCAGACGACAGGGACUUGUAUCUGUACUUUGCUGACGGCCUAGGUGCACUGUGUUGCAUCAAGCUGGAUAUUUAUCAGUAUCGCUAGAAACAACCUGACUUACAGAAUCAUUUUUCAUUUCUAUCUUUCUUUUUGGGGGGGCGGAGGGGGAAUAUUUGGAUCUUGGUUUGUGUUGGUGCAUUAAAUGAAAAAUGUGCAGGACUUGAUGAAGGGCUGUCUGGUGACCAUAGCUAUGUGUCAGACAGCAUUCUCAGCGGCACCAUAUGAGAUAUCCACUCAAGGGGUGAGAGGUGUUUUUGUAAAGAACCUUAGCACUCUAAAUCUUUGGGACAGCUAUAUAUGCUAUAUAUUCAUCUUUCUUAAAAAGAAUACCUGAUGCUAUGGAUAUAGAUUCUGUCAGGGUUGUUUUUUUGAGGACUGGUGAUUUCGGAGCCAGGCAACUACAGCAUAGCCAGGGUUCUCACUGUGGGGGGGGGGGGCAAAUGUGGGAGCUGGAUGUUACAUGGAGAGUGAGUGAAUUAGUCCCAGUGUUUUCGUAGUUAAUUAUAAUGUUAUUGUCCAAAUGUCCCCUGGGGUGACUGGGGAUCCGGAAGGGGUGACAGUGUUCUUUGGAGGGAUGCACCCCUAGCCCCUGAUGGCCACUCCGUUGCUUUAUCAAUCAAAGAAGAGUUUGAUGUUGGUUUCUUGCUAGAUUAAGAAAGGUUUUUUUUGCAGAAAUUUGCCACGGAAAAGGGGCAAUUAAAAGUUGAGUAUUCUGCCUCCGUAACUGUUCAUAUCUGAAGAUGCAUGAACUCCUCACUCCCCUGUGUCAAAGAUGUUGGUUAUUUUUAAAUGGGCCCAGUGUUGGCCUGAUGUACAUCUCGUAACAAAUGACACAAGGCAAUAUUGUUGAAAUCAAAUGAGAAAAGCUGAAGGCCUGGUUUGGAUAAAAUAAUUGCAGAUUGUAAAAUUAGCAGGGUAAGACACUCUAGUUCAUUGGGGCUUACAGUUGGUGAAUAAUUGCCAAAUUUGAGUAUGAACUGUUAAUACUUUUGAUCAGGUUAAAUGUAAAACUUUCCAAAAUUAUUUAUAAAUAUCUGCUGUGUAUUAUAUAUUGGAGUAAAGUGAUAAAUUAGCAAUGUGUAUUUCUGUUUAAAGGAACCAGGAAAUAGAAAUGUUUUUAUAAAUUUUAGUAAAAGCCCUUGAAAUUGCAUUUUUGAGUGUCAAUUAACCUUAGAUUUGAUUUUAACAUAUAUUUUGAUGCUUCAUUGGUUUUUAUGUUAAUGAAAUUUGCAUUUUCAUGAGCAGAACUAUGAAUGUCAUCCAAAUUUCUAGAUUUUAUUUAACCACUGCUGUGGCAAAUUUCAUUUUCUUUGGCAAAAGUAUAUGGCAAUAAUCAAGCAAACAUCCUUUUCAGCUAAAUGUUCCCAGAUAGCAAAUUCACAUUUUAAACAUAAAAACAUGCAACCUGAACUGUGUCUUCCUGGAUUUACAAUAAAGCAAAAGCGCCCUCACUUGUCCAGAAAUGCUUGGGCGAUAUUUUUAUGUUUGGAAAAAGUGCACCGCUCAGUUCACGUAACUAAAAAAGUCUAACCGUCUUCAUACUUAGAAGAACAGAACAGAGAGAUACAAAAAGUAAUUCUAAGAAGAAUUCAUUUCCUGAGUCCUUUAAGGAAUUUAUGAAGUGAUGACAUUGUAAAUGUAUCUAUUUUAGCUUUAGUGUGUGCAUUUUUAUCCUUGUGCCAAAUAUACAUUUUUCAUUGUAAUUACGGUUACGUAGUUUUUUGAAACAAUGUCAACAGUUUUGUAAUAUUGUAAAAAAUCAAAACACUUUUCUGAAACUGAAAUGUAGUAUCUUCAGUUUUUAUAUAUUCAAACAGCUUCUCGUGUACUUUGUAAGAAGUUUGAUUUUGGGAUUGUCGUUGCUGUUAGUUGGCUAAAUCAUGCAAUGUUAUGAAAUAUGCCUCAAUAAAAUUUAACUAUUUCAAGAAACGAGGUUGAAUGUUCAGUUUUUAUCAAGAGCUUCACUGUCACUUUUCAAUAUUUUCUUUAAAAUUAGUGAGUGGAUUUUACACUCGUUAAAAUUGAUACAAGAUAGCUUCAAUCAUUAAGAUUUUGUAACUUGUAAUUAAAUUUUGAUUGAUUUAUUUUUUUUGGCAAAGAGGGCAGGAGAUAAAUGGCAAACAAUUAAACUCAACGUGGAACACACUC